AUGGGCAACGUCAACUCCGCCCUCGCCCGGGAGAUCCGCAAGUCCGCCAAGAAGGAGGACGAGGACCUUGAUCUCUCGGACCGCCAGAUUGAGGAGAUCCCUCCAGUGAUCGGCAAGGCCCGGGCCCUGGUCAAUCUCAACCUGUCCCGGAACCAGCUCACCUCCAUUCCACUGGAGAUCCGUGCGGAGCUGCCCGAUUCCAUGAACCAGUUGAAGUCCCUGCGUAUCUUGAACCUCAGCAAGAACAUUUUCAAGACCAUCCCCGACUCCAUCUACGGCCUGUCCGAGCUGCAGAUCCUGGACAUGUCGAACAACCAGCUGCGCAACAUCCUCGACGAUGUGGCCUCGCUUGUCGGCCUCGAGAAAUUCAUCCUCUUCGAGAACCGGAUUGUCUCUAUCUCGAAGGAAAUUGGCAACCUGCAGAAGCUCCGCAUUCUUGACCUCAAUGACAACAACGUCCAGCGUCUGCCUGAAGAGCUGUGCGACCUUGAGCACCUCCAGCAGCUUACCCUCCGCGACAACAAGAAUCUGUCCUCCCUGCCGGAUGCGGCCAAGAUGCUCAAGUCCAUCCAGCACCUGGACCUGUCAAACACCUCCAUCAACGAGAUGCCCAGCUGCCUGAUCUACUGGGAGAAGCUGGAGAUCUUGCGCAUGGAUGACAACCCGCAGCUGGGCAUCCUGGAUGAGCAGGACCUCGGUGCCCUGAAGACCCUGAAGACCCUGUCGCUGAUGGAUUGCUCGCUGAGCGACCUCCCCGACACGCUGGUCGGCAGUGGGAAGACCCUGGAGCACCUGGCCCUUCGCAAGAACAAGCUCAAGGUUCAGUCCUUCCCGAUGAUGGAUUUCGGCCGGCAGAUGAUUGCCCUGAAGUAUCUGAACCUGGGUGAUAACCAGUUUGAUGCCAUCCCCGACGCUGUGUUCGAGCUUGCUCAGCUCGAAGAGUUGGAUAUGUCCCAGAACAUCAUCAGUGUCAUCCCGGGGGAUAUCGCUCGGCUGGGGAACCUUCGCCGCCUGGUUCUCAACCACAACCAGUUGUCCAGCCUCCCGGCCGCCCUUGGCGAGUGCUCCAACCUCACUUCUUUCGAGGCGCGGAACAACAUCAUCGGCGCCCUGCCGAAGGAGCUGGCCAAUGCUUCUGAGCUGGUCCGUUUGGACUUCACCAACAACCAGCUGUCCGACCUGCCGACCGACCUCCACCGGUUGGCAAACCUCAAGCACUUCCUGCUUAGUGAGAAUACCAUUGUCGACCCGCCGCCGCGGGUCAUCAGCCUUGGCGCCGAUGCCAUCCGCAAGCAUCUCAAGGCUCGCUCCGGGUAA